CCUUGACAUUUGUGCUUGACAUUGUCCAAUGUCAGGUUUGUUGCACAAAUUUGUUUUUUCUCCUAGACGACUGCUUUUUAUUGAAGCCCGAGCGAAUUAUCUCCGUUGUUUGUGUUUUAUGUCUGUUUUAACUCGGUCCUUCCAUAGAUUGUCCAGAAUGUCCAAAUACAGUGGUAAAAAUCUCGCAGCACUUUCACCGGCUGAGAUUAAACAGUGGGUCGAUUCGUUCGACACGGUGCUCACGGAUUGUGAUGGAGUGAUUUGGGUGGACAACAAUCCACUUCCUGGUGCGCCAGAUGUGAUUAACCGUUUUAUUGCGAACGGUAAGAAGCUUUUCUUCGUGACAAACAAUUCAACGAAAACGCGACCAGAAUUUGUGGAGAAAGCUGUUAAGCUAGGAUUUAAUGUCACUAUCGAUAAUAUAAUUUCAACGGCGUACCUUGCCGCACAGUACCUGAAAAAUGUGGGAUUCUCGAAAACCGUCUAUGUAAUCGGUUCCACGGGUAUCACCAAAGAGCUGGACGCUGUCGGAAUACGGCACAUUGGAAUCGGUCCUGAUACGCUCCAGGGCACAUUAGCCGAUACGGUUGCCAGCUUUGUGCCCGAUCCGGAUGUCGGUGCGGUGAUCGUUGGCUUUGAUGAGCAUUUUAGCUUCGUAAAGAUGAUGAAAGCCGCCUCGUACCUGAACAAUCCGGACGUUAUAUUCAUCGGAACAAACACGGAUGAACGUUUCCCGAUGCCGGACCGGGUCAUUCCCGGCACGGGAAGUAUUGUAAAGGCCGUGGUAACGUGUGCCGAACGUGAACCUAUGGUCAUGGGGAAACCAAACCCACAUAUUUGCGACAUCAUCCGCAAAGAGUACGAUGUGGAUCCGGCACGAACGCUCAUGAUUGGUGACAGGUGCAAUACGGACAUAGUGCUCGGGAAAAAUUGUGACUUUCAGACGCUUUUGGUCGAAACGGGUAUACACAAUGCGGCCGACAUUGAAAAGUACGCGGCAUCUGAUGAUCCAACCGUAAAGGUGCUUGUUCCUGAUGUAUAUCUCCCCAAACUGGGUGACUUGCUGCCGUAUUUGUAAGAGGUAAUUAUUUGUGCUUAGCACAAAGCGAACCAUUGUCUAACGAUGGAUUUGAAAAAAAGUUGUCGGAAUAAGCAUACUGCAAAGAAUUUGCUUUGUAGGUUUUGAACAAAUGUGUUAAUAAAAAAGACAUUACAAUAUUUUA